CUGUACAUAGAACAUUUUAUACAUUUAUAAUAUAGUAGUUAACCGGCCGUUUGACAGAACAUGAUCGCAUUCACUGAGCCUUUUUUUACACAUUUAUCUCUGACGGACAAUUAGUUUAUCUUAUUGUAAUUAUUCAACAAUUGCUAAUAUUGUGUGACGUUAUUUCAUUCAUCGACGAAUUUCGGAUCAAAUUAUAUUGUAGUAACAAAUAUCACGUAAAAUAAUAAUUUAUAUCAAGUACAAUAAUUUUUGCAUUUAACAAAGAAGAAUCGAAAAAUUUUCAGAGAUGCUCAAAUCGGGAGUUCAUAGACAAAUAUACGCCACUAUAGCCGCGUCCAUGUCGAUAUUCAUCAGUGGCAUGUGGCUGGGGUGGCCCAGCUCGGCGUCCGAGAAGUUCAUGAAGCACGAGACGGGCGAGCUGCAUGUGACCUACGACCAGCUGUCGUGGAUCGUGUGCAUGAUGGACCUGGGAAACUUCAUCAGCCCGCUGUUCGGCGGUUACCUGAUGGACCGGUUCGGCCGGAAGAAGGUGAUCGCCGCGCUCGGACCGCUGUUCAUCGUCUCCUGGUCACUGACGCUGUUCGUGCCCAACACGGUGGCCCUGUACACGGCCAGGCUGAUGGCUGGCCUGGGCAAAGGCGUUUCGUACACGGUGGUGCCGGUGUUCCUGGGCGAGAUUGCGGGAGUGGACAUCCGGGGCGCGCUGGGCAGCGUGUUCACCAUACAGCUCAGCGGCGGCGUGCUGUUCGAAGUGAUCAUCGGCCCGUACGUGUCUUACCAAACGCUCAACGCCACGUCUGCCAUAGUGCCCGUGUUGUUCUUCAUCGCUUUCAUCUGGGUGCCCGAGUCGCCGUAUUACCUGCUCAAAGUUGGCCGGCAGGCCGACGCGGCCCGGUGCCUGCGUUGGUACAGAGGCUGUGAUGCCGGAAGUGGAGACGACACCGUGGACGCGGAGCUCCAGCUGAUGGAGGUCAACGUCCGGAAAGACAUGGAAAACGGGUCGGCGUUCGGCGAGUUGUUCACCAACCAGAACAACUUCCGUGCGCUGGCCGUGGUGGUAGUGGCGUGCGCGGGACAGCGCGCAGGCGGCAUCAGCAGCCUGACCGCGUACUCCGCGCUCAUACUACCCGAACCGUCACCCGUCAUGGGUAAGUUCGAGUUCAUAAUCGCGUUCGCCAUUGUCCUGGUGAUAGUCAACUUUAUCGGGCUGGCCAUGGUCGACCGGGUGGGUCGGAAGCCUCUGCUGAUCGCCUCCGUGACGGGCCUAGGCGUGGUCACGUUCGUCUUUGGCGUCUACUACUUCGCCGCCGAAAACUUUCCUGACGCCGCGUCGGCGUUCCGAUGGGUACCGUACGCGUGUCACACCACUUUCGCCGCCACGUUUUCCAUCGGUAUCGGCUUCAUACCGGUGGUGUUUCUCGGCGAGAUGUUCCCGGUCAACGUUCGGUCCCGGUGCUCGGCGUUCGCGUCCGUCACUCUCGCCUUCUUCUCGUUCUUGUCCAACAAGAUGUUCCUCGUCGUCUCGCGCGAUUACGGUUAUUACACCAUGUUCUGGACGUUCUCCGCCGUCAACUUUUCCUGUGCGUAUUUCUUGCACAGGUACGCAAUCGAGACAACCAACAAAACGUUCCUUGAAAUCCAAGAAAUCCUAGACGACAGUGUUCGAAACGGAUCAAGAAGGCGAAGGAAACUACCGGAAAUCGCUGUGAUGUACGACAACUCGAGCAGGGUCAAUAUUCAAUAAUAAUUUUAUAUUAUGUACAUGGCUACCUACCUAAUGUUAUUAUGUAUAAUUAUAGGGACACCCGAUACGAUAUUUUCAAUCCGCGAGUCUGAAAUCGCGGGUUUUAAUAUUAUGUAUAUAGUAUAUAUUGUUAUGUAGGAAUUAGAAAGAUAAUUCAGUAAACACCCGCUAUUUAAAAAAGUAAAUAGGUACCCCCAGAUAUUACCUGUUAACGUUUUAAAAAAUAUGUUUUUUUAGAUAUUUAAGACUAUAGUCGUUACGAAACAAAUUAAAAAAAAAAAUUUACUUUUCUGAAUAGCAUUGUAUUGUAAUGUAUCUACAUUCUAAAUUUAUUCUACAAUAAUUUCAUAUUCCUAAAUAAAUGGUACCUAUCUA